AUGGCCCCAUCGGCCACUGACCCCAUCACCACCAACGGCGUCACUUCCAGAGGCUCGACUCCCGAGGUCGAGCACAACACCGACGACCAUGUCGCCUUUGGCGGCGACGACCAAUGGUUCUACAACCCCUCGACCCGGCGCUUCGACCUCAGCCGCGGUAGCCAACGCCGCCUAGCCGUCGACGCCGACGACGGCAUCCGAAACCACCGAGGCGUCGAGAUCGAUCCCGAAAAGACACUACUCGUCAUAAUCGACAUGCAGAAUUUCUUCGUGCACCCCGUUUUCCGCGACCAUGCAGAAGGGAUCAAGACGAUACAGCCGCUUCUCAAAGUCAUCAGUAAAUGCAGGAAAGAAGGGAUAGAGCUAUGCUGGCUCAACUGGGGUAUCGAUCAGCAGGAUUUGAAUCGUAUGCCGCCGGCCGUGACGCGAGGUUUCAAUAAAGCGUUGAGCCAUGAGAAGGGACACGGCUGGCAUGUCGGUCUUGGCGCGGAACUGCCGAAAGAGCAGGGUGGUGAGCGGUGCUUGUUUAAGAAGACGUGGAAUGCGGAUAUCUUCGAUGAUCUGAAACCAUACGUGGAGCCGCAGGAUCGAAGAUUCGACAAAGCGAGGAUGUCCGGACUCUGGUCACCUCAACUGCCUUUUCAUCGGUACUUGCGCAAGAGUGGGAAGAAGACUUUGCUUUUCGCUGGUGUGAACACGGACCAGUGUCUUCUUGGUACCCUGACGGAUGCAUAUAGUUGGGGCUGGGACUGUAUCUUGGUCGGCGAUUGCGCAGGCACGAUGACGACUGUGCUUGGGGCGAAGGAGGUGUGCGAUUACAAUGUCGCGACCAACAUGGGCUUCGUGACGGACUCGGAUGCGCUUUGUGCUGCUGAGAUCGUUCACGGGUGA